CCGAAGAACGACCGAUAUCGAUCACACCACCGCUGAUUUUCCGAACCGGAAAGUUAUUUACUUCACCGACACCGUCUACUUGCAAAAGUUCGACCAAUACUUGCGUUGAGGCUAUGAAAGCACAUGCUAGCCUUUCCGCUGAGCGAAAACUUCUAGAAGCCAAAAUACAAGAGAACGCCCGACACCUCGAAACCCUCCGCCUCCAGGAGAAAGCUGCUGCUGCUGCAUUGCGCGAGCGGAAAGCUCAUACACCCAGUUCGGUAGAAUCCGAAUCCGGUUUCCAGUGGAUUGAUGACUUGACAUCGACGCAGAUACUCGAAAUCCUGAUUACCCUAAAUGCGAGUGUAUCAGGAACCGAAGAAUCCCGCCGCGACCGACUAUAUCGUGCACUCCGAACAAAGCGACACCCUGACACAUCCUGGGGCAACGAAGAUCAAAGAACAACCGCCGAUUCAUCGAUCAAUGACGAACAACGACCGCUAACCGACCGAUGUAUAACGAACCACGACCAGACAACAGCGAUUACGACCGUGAGCAAUUACGAACAACGUUUACCGAACGAAUUGAUAAGAAAUGAAACCGAUUCGAGCAGUGGUUACUCAUCGGGUGGUUCAACCCGAUCAACGACCCCGACACCGAGUAUAUCGCCGAAAUCGACACCGACAAUAUUGCCGAUAGCUACACCGAUAUCGUCAAACCCGAUACCGAUAAAAUUGCCGAAACCAAUACCAAUAACAUCGCCGAUAACGACACCGACAUCGAGUAUUUCGUCGACGACGAAUAUAUCGCCGAAAUCGACACCGACAAUAUCGCCGAUAUCAACACCGAUAUCGUCAAGUCCGACACCGAUCAACUCGCCGAAACCGACAUCAAGUAUAUUGCCGAUACCGAACCCGAUGACAUCGCCGAGAACGACACCGAAAUCAGAAAUACUACCGGAAACGACGCCGAUAUCGAAAUUAUCGCCGGAAGCGACACCGUUAAAACCGCUAAAAGAGACACCGAUAACAUCACUGAAAUCGACAUCGAAUAUGUUACCGAAAACGACACCGACAUUAAAAUUAUCGCCGACGACGACACCGACAUUGGAAAUACCACCGAAAUCGACACCGAUAAAUUCACCAAAACCGCCACCGACAUCGAAAUCGAUUAUAUCGCCGAAACCAGCCCCGAGAAGCCGACGAGCCGAUUUGAGGCCGACAAUCGAAUUGAAGCUGCGUGGUAAGUGCUCCAACUGUCGACAAGCAGGUCAUGGCCAUCAUGACUGCCCGAAACCACGCCGAUCUGGAUAUUGCUGGUCCUGUGGUGCCGAAAACGGCCCAAACCCGACUUGCUGGACUUGCAACCGAUGCUGGUCAAGAUCGAGGAAUGACCAGGCGGAACAACGAAUGCCGACCAACCGACUAUCGCUGAACAAUGGAGCGAACAACGACCGCCGAUCCAUUGACAACCACCGAACAACGAACCGGACCGAUCAACGACCAACAGAACAAGUGAAUCAGGUUACGAUGAUCAACCUGACGACCAAACCGAACAACGAACAAGGAACAAGAGCCAAUCGACUCGAUCGAACCGACCAAUCACCUCGAAACCCCGUGUCAAUGUCUGGGGGGAGGUUUUGUAACAUGAGGAAAAUUCGACAUCGACCGGUGGUUUUACAUUAUUUUAAAUAAUAAAUAAUUAUCCAGUGAGCGAAUGCUAGUGACAUCUAGAAUCGAAAAUUUCGACUUCGACCGAGCAAGCGAUCCAACGCAUGGAUCGUCACGAGAGAUCCGGGAUAGACGCCGAACUGAACGGCCACGUUUAUUUUUAUUUGAACAAUUCGACUCGACUAAACGAACAAUUUCGAUUCCGACGACUGAACAAUUCGAUGUACGACAUUUAAGAUCAAUAGAGUUGGAUCAACGAUCAAUUAAUUACGACAAAUAAUUUCGACCGGCAGUAACCGCCGUUUUGUGAAAAAGUGAGCAAGCCGAAGCAUCGGCGUGAAACUGAAGUGUGUAACCGAUCUGUAAAUAAAUAAGUGCAGUGCGUAUGUAAUAAUAAUUAAUUAAAUAAUUAAUUACGCGUAAAAAUUAUAUGACCGUGCAAUUUAGCGUGUUACCGAAAUAAAAUAUUAUUUUAUAUUUUAUUUUAUUUCAAUCGAGCAAUUCUGAGAAUCACAGAUUAUCUGUGUCUCAUUCGCAACAGCAGUCUUAUCACCUCGCCGUGUAAGAAUACUCUGACGUCACUCGUUAAGUAUUUCGUUGAUACUUCCGCUGUAUGUGUGUCUCCGGACAACAAACGUAUUUUAUUUUAAUUUCGUGACCGUUUUUUUUUUUCCUCCGAGCAAUAAACUAAUUGCGUUUUCGAUCAACU